AACCACACUCCAUCUUCCGGUCUUCUCUGCGCCUACUUUGGACAGCUGACUGGACCUAGACCACAGCUGCCCGUGCGCACACAUCCAUCUACCCACACACCCAGCCGCUUCUCUGUCAUCCCCCUGCCCCUUUACUCAGGGGGUUCGGAUCCACUAAAGACUGCAGCUAGAGGAGGAAUGUGUCUUUCAUUAACUUCAUCCCUCUCUUUUUGGGUCCUGUGAGCGCGCAUCCUCUGUCACAAUUCCUCUGCGUAAAGGCUCCUCUGAUCUCCUGCAGUCCGCUGCUCCCCGAACCGCGCGCAGGAAGAGGUCUGUGAUCUUUGCAGUGGCUGCCAUCGUGAUGACUCUCCUGGUUCUGGCCGUUGUGGUCCCGUUACUCCUGAUCCGGACCUCCAAAACCUCCGCUCACUACUACGAGAUGAUGGGCACCUGUCGGAUGGUGUGUGACCCGUACACCCCCAAACCUGGAGGUGCCACCGCCAUGGAGGUGAUCCAGAAUAUGAAUGGUGUCGAACCGCAGCCUCCUAUGGCGCAAGGGAGCCGUGGGGAGACCGGGCGGCCGGGUAAACCAGGACCAAGAGGUCCACGGGGAGAACCUGGACCCCCAGGUCCGAGGGGGCCACCAGGUGGGCGCGGUGACGGUAAACUCUCCUUCCCUGCAGUAACAGGAGCUGAGAACGCGGACACAGACGGGGUGAAUACCACAGCAAACAGUUUCAGGAUCGCCUUCUAUGUGGGUCUGAAGAAUCCACAUGAGGGGUACGAGGUGUUGAAGUUUGACGACGUGAUCACAAACUUGGGGAACCACUAUGACGCCAACACAGGGAAGUUCACGUGUCAUGUGUCAGGGAUCUACUUCUUCACCUACCAUGUGUUGAUGCGAGGAGGGGAUGGGACCAGCAUGUGGGCCGACCUGUGCAAGAACGGACAGGUUCGUGCCAGUGCCAUUGCCCAGGAUGCUGACCAGAACUACGAUUAUGCCAGCAACAGUGCUGUGCUCCACUUGGACUCUGGAGAUGAGAUUUACGUCAAGCUGGACGGGGGGAAAGCUCAUGGAGGGAACAACAACAAGUACAGCACCUUCUCUGGUUUCAUCUUAUACCCGGACUGAACACACUGUGACAGCUCCAUGGACAGAAACACUUUCUGAUGAUUUGAUUUGAUUACACAGUCUGAUAUGUUUCUCCUCUGUUCAACACAGCUUUAACUUUAGUGAGUUUGGACUUCUUUUUGUGUAUUUAUUUAACUUAAACUCAGCAGAGUAGAGUAACCUGUAGAGACCACAAACAUAACCCCCUAAGCCUCUAAGUUCCUUGAACUGUGGGGGACAUAUUUCCAAGAUGUUAUGAGGGUAAAGGCCUCACUGUCUUUUAAGGCUUCCAGACAGCAAAAGAAGAAUCAAUUAUUGAUUAUAGCUAUUUGAUUUCCAGAUUUAAACUUUGAGGAAUACGUUUUCAGUUUUCCUGCCUUUAAAAAAACAGCACUGUACACUAAAGGACCAACUAUUGCUUCUAUGUUACCGGGCUACUAGUAAAUCAGCAGUUAGCUUGCCAAUCAUAAUAGCCGACUAAAUGGUCACUCUGUUGUCAAAUUACUGCAAAUGAACAUUUUGCAAAGAAAGGCAGAUGUGCUACCUCCUGUUUCUUGCUUGGUUUGAAAAUGAACACACAUUCUGUGGAUGUAUUUAUUUCUCCUGUCGCUUAAAAAGCAAGUACAGAUUUAAUCAGGCAUACUGUACCUUUACUUGAUAACUGACCUGUUGCAAUGGUGUGCCAAAGUCGACAGACUUCAUAUUCCAAAUGCGUUGAAAAAUACAUAAUCUAACAAUCUUAAUUGCCAAAAAAAUGUUAAAUUGUGGUGCUUUUUAGUAGUGGUCAGUUUCACAAAAUACUAAAACAUGACACAUAAGCCUACAAAGGAUGUCCUAACCUGAAAAUAAAUGUUUGAUUUUGUUCUCAUAUAUGCAAAUAAAUAUUG